GUACUUUUUAUGGCGAGGUGAAAAGCAUCAUUUUGCCAAGUUAUCCCUUACAGUUCGUGAAUUAAUUUCCCCCACUUUUCUCAAUCAUUGCGGAAUUUUAACGCUGAAUAUCCCAGUAGUUAUUCCAGCUACGAAAUUAUGCUUCUUAAGAGCGACGCAGCGAGGUAAUGGCGGAUAAACGGAAGCUACAAGGUAGGACGAGUUCAUGGCUUUCCCUUGAUGUUUUUUUGACUUGCAAAGAUUUCGUCCCACUUCCUUUUUUCAUUUUGCCUGUUUAAUCCUAGGUGAAAUUGACCGUUGCCUAAAGAAAGUACAAGAAGGUGUAGAGACAUUUGAAGAUAUCUGGCAAAAGGUAAUUGGAAGAGUUAUAAGUCAAACCGUGAAGUUCGAACAGGCCAUGAUUGAGAUGCUAUUCUCAGCACGUUAGGCUCACACUUGGACAGUUUGGAUGAUAAUAAUAGGUGACGUAUUCUUUUAGGUUCACAGUGCGUCAAACGCGAAUCAAAAAGAAAAAUAUGAAGCAGACCUCAAGAAGGAGAUCAAGAAACUACAGGUUUGGCAAAGGGUUCAUUUAUGUUCGUUUUGUCGUUUGUCAUUACACCGUACAACCCUCGCAUCAUUCCCAGUUCAGUUUGCCGCCAGUUUGAAAUUUAAAGUUUGUUGAAUAUCUUGCAGCGGUUGCGAGACCAGAUUAAGACCUGGAUGGCGUCUAAUGAUAUCAAAGACAAGAGAACUCUCCAGGAAAACAGAAAACUUAUCGAGACGGUAAUGUAUAGAGUUUGUUUUCUUCAAAAUGGCGUCCAAGAGUAGCGCCAUUUUUAAUUAUGGUAUAGUUAAAUUAAGACUGCUAUACAUUGGCGGCAAUUAACUUAGUGUUUUCCAAACAUUGAUUAGUUAUCUUAUAAUUAACUUACAACCUUUCUCAAGGGAUUCUUGAGAUCUUAAAGGUUGAAGUAAUUUGUUAUUAAACAUUGUCUCUUUCUCUUAGCAAAUGGAAAGAUUCAAGGUUGUUGAGAGAGAGACUAAAACCAAGGCCUAUUCUAAAGAAGGUAUGUAUUUUAUCAAAUUGAAGUAUGUUUUGUCACCAGAGCAUUAUAUUGUAAAAGAGAAUUAUUUUCAAAUGUCCUUCAGGAAGGGGUUUUGUGCAGAACCUAAUUAUAUACUUUGUCUCCUUGAAAAAGCACCCACGCUCUAAUAAGCAUCCUUCCUCAAAUAACGCCCACCUCCUGGGCAAUAUUGUUAAUCAAGUGUCCCUCCCAAAUAAGCACCCCCCUUUUCCUCCCUCACUUCUUUAAUAUUAGGAAAUCAAGGAAAACCUAUUUCUAGGGCCACUUUAUUGAUAACUUUUUAAGCUAACCACAGUUGAAUCGGUAGAGGAGAAUAAUAAGCAUCUCCCUUGAAUAACCACCAUUGAACACGCUGAAAUUUUAAAUAAGCAUUUGGGCACUUAAUCAAGGGAAUACUUUAAUCUAAAUAAUAAUUUUGGUGUUAACAGGACUUGGACUUGCUGCAAAGAUAGACCCUGCAACCAAAGAGAGAGAGGAGGCCAGUAUUUGGAUUACAGUAAGUAUAGUUUCUAGAGUCACCAUAGGCUGAGGAUUUAAUCAAAUCUAACAAGAGUUUUGAUGACUACUGUAUCCUCAUAUUGCAUUUCUGAUAAGCCAGAAGUGAAACCAUUCUUUCUUGUGAUCUUUCUGGGGAGUUUGCCCAAUAACUAUGUGUAAUCAGAAAUUUGAAUGAUUGUCUCUUUUUUGAGUUAAUAGUGAAUUUGCCUGUCACAAGCCAUGUUAUUUGAAUAUUGCUACUUCUAAGAUUAUCCCAGAAAGCUGACCACAUGAAUCAGCAAAGUAAGCCAGUUUUAUUUCUAUUUUGGAGCAAAAGGGAAAUAUUAAAGUUCCCUGAUUGCUUUUCUCAUUGCAGGAAGUCCUAGAAAGGCUACAAAUAGAGGUGAGUUUACCCAAGCACAUUAAAAGAAAUGAAAUGUCGGUAAUGGUUGAUGCAUGGCCUCAUGUUUACAUUGGUUUUGGUUGUGGUUCACAAAUAUGUACCUUCUUUUGAAUGUAUGAAUUGAAUGUAGAAGAUUUUAAAUAGGUCUUCUUAGAGAUUGGUCAUUUUGUUUUCUUUUUAUUCCAGGUGGAUCAAAUUGAGUCAGAAAUUGAACAAGUGUAUGCAGGAUCACGCAAGAAGAAACUUGAUAGAGAUGUAAGAGUUGUGUUCACAUGUAAACACUUACAUACUAGUUGAGCAAUGAUGAUAGUAAACUAAAAAUUUAUCAAAUUUGUUGAAGAAACUAAAUGCUAAAUAGGGAAAUGAUGUUUGUUCUUUUUGUGUUUGGUAGCUUUUGGCUGGUGUAGUUUAGUAAAUAAACCCAUAAACAGGAUUUGCACAGGUCCUAAAAAUAUGACAGGCCUGGAAUUUGGUAAAUAAUUUUCCUAGACUGGAAAGUUCAGAAUGAGGACUUCUGGUAUUGGAAAGUCUUUGCAAUUUGGAAUCCAGUAUCAAUUGAAACUGUUGGUAUUUCUUUAUUGGCAUCCUUGCCAUCUUUAAUUUGUAAGAAGAAACUUGGUUGCCCCUGAAAGUUAAGGACUGUUAUGUAUAUUUGAAGUCCUGAAAAAGUCCUAGAAAAUUGUCUCUUGAAAGUGUACAAACCCUAAUAAAUUGGCUUGCUUUUCCUAUUACACAGAGACAAGAUAAGGUGGAUGAAUUGCAAGAAUGGGCUGGUAGACAUCGGCACCACAACCAACAAUGGGAGGUGUGAUUAGAAUAUGAGUUGCCUUUGGUGUUGGUGAUUAUAAUGGUUAAAAAAUAAAAAAGAAAUAGAAGCAUGUUUGAUGGAAAAGAAAACCAUUUAUUCAUUCAUUGAGUCAUAUUGUGACUGGGAAAUUCAAUUACUUGUUGUUUUGGUAAAUGUCAAGUUUUGACAUUCCUUGUUAGCAUGUACUGUAGAUAGUUUAAUUAAACAUAGGUUUGGACUGCUUGUCAUCAGUAGCUGACACUCUCUGUUGUGCGCUUGAUAGUUAUGGGACAUGGUCAAUGGAAUAAUUUUUGACUUUGCUACCAAAGCACUUUGCUUUUUUCACAUUGCAAUGUCAGUUUGUUUCUUGACUUCUUAUUUACUUCAGAUGUCAUUGCUGGGUCAUUGAUGAUAAUAAUUCUUGCUUGUGUGUAAUCUUUUUGCAGACAAUCCUUAGAAUGUUGGACAACUGUACAAUACAACCAGAUGAUGUAUGUCUUUUAUUUUGUUUGCUUUUUCCUGGGUUUUUAUGACUCAGUUAACUAACUUACUUAUGUGUAACAUAUUUACCACUUUGUUGAAAAAACCGGCUUUAACUUUUGUUUUGGUAUUUGUCUCCAUUGUUAAAGAUUAAGAAGUUACAAGAAGACAUGGAUUAUUAUCUAGACUGCUACAAGGUAUUCAGCUUGUCUUAUUUCAUGAUUGAUUUUGUGGUUUGUUUAGUUUUGGGGGCUUUGGCAUCUUUGUGAGCAUGUAAUCUGUUUUGUAGGAACCCGACUUCCAAGAAAAUGAAUUCAUGUAUGAUGACUUUGACCUUGAAGAAAACAUUGCAGCCCGUAAGUGUUUCUCCUAGUUUCAAUCAGUUAUGAAUCAAUUUUUUGAAGUAUUAGCAGUAUGUACAUAUUGACAGGGUGAGAGGGCCAGAUGGGAAAAUAUUUAUAUUUAACCAAUUUUGUUCAAUCAUGUUUCAAAUUUUGGUGAUCACUGUCGUAAUAACAGGAAUAUUUUUAUACCUCAACUAAGUUAGUAUGUAUUAUUAAAUUUUCCUUCAUAGUAAACACUUUGGCAACUUCCCCUACUGAAGAUGAUGACAUCAUUGUCAAUCACAAUCAUGUUCCAAUGUCUCCAAGUUCUACAAUACCUCCAAACUCUCCUGGCACCCCAGGCACUCCAGGCACCCCAGGCACACCAACCACAACUGGACCAAACUCUGGCACAGGGACCAAGAUAAAUCUGGUAACUCUAAAUAAAACUUUGCUUUGAAAAUUUAAAAGAGGAUUUCCUCUUGCUCAGUUAACAAGCACAUUUAUUGGAUUUGAAUUUUAAGUUUCUUAUCUUUACUAGGCUUAUUCAUGUACAUUACCUAAUAUUGGAAAAUCAAGCAAUGGCUGAGUCUUUUGUCAGCCUACAGUUGUGAAUAAAACUAAUUUAUUUAAAACUGAUAUGUACACUGUGCAUAACUGUGGCUUGGUGACAGUUUUGUCCCAUUAUUGUGGUCAUAUAAGUGAACUGUACAUACUUGUGUGAUUGUAACAGUUUUAUCCUCAUGGUCAUAUCAAAUUCAAAUGAUAUUUCUUAAGUUUGGAAAGGAGCUGCAACAGAUGUCUUUUUUUUUCUCCCUGGAGAGCUGGGUUCAAAUGAUAGGAUUUUUGUAAAUUAAAAAAAAUUAAGAAAGAAGAGAACCAUUUAGUUAAAAAUAAUUAUGAUUCUGCUUAGCUUGCAUCAUUCCUGAGCAUGUGGUUAUCAUGGGAUUCUGUCUAUGAAAACAGUUAAACUUCACCAUAGUAUGAUGCAAUUAAAUUGGCAGACAGGAAUUUUGAAAAACACUACUAAGUAUAAAUUUGUUCCUAAACACUGCUGGUGUUUUUCAAAAUACCUGUAUGUUUGUUUAACACAGUUAUGUUCAUAGUACCUGUUUACAAGUAUUAUUUUGCUUAUCAAAGCUGUGCUCCCUAGAAGAUAAUGGGCUGCCUCUAGACUCUUGACCAAGGAAGGUGCCCUGUUUUCUUACAAGCUUUUGUUGACACAAGCGCCUGUGCUGGAUGAAGCACAGCUCUGGUAAUAACAAGGAGAGUUGAUAAUGUAAAUGAAUUUAUUGUUUCCAACAGAGCUCACCAAGGAAAAACUCAAAGAAUGAUGCUUCACAAGCAAAUAGUUUGCCAAACAACUCACCCCCUAGGACAUCAGUCUUCAAGAUGAACAAUUCAAGUCAGCCUGUAGUUACACAGACAACAUCAGCAACCACUACUGGUCCAACAAUUAUAAAAGCUAGUAAGUUUUAAGUAUACCAGUAUUUGAACUUGCAGAGUUUAUAACAUUCUGCAAAGCAGUUAUCUGUGAAUCACUUUACUAAGGAAGACAUGAUAAAACUUAUGAAAUUAACAUUAUGAUAGUAGAACUUUAUCAACGAAAGUUUAUCAGUUUAAUUACUGUUAAAUAUUGCUUACAUUUGUAAAAUUAGGUCUACUGCUACUACUUUCACUACUACCCAAACUAAAAGCUAUUUCUCUUGGAAAGCUUUUAUAGUCAUUGUGUGUCAGCUCACUUAAAUUUUUUUUUUUUUUUUUUUUGCCUUCUAUGAUUGUUCAAAGUUAGUGCAGUUCUACUAAAUUUGCUCAUGUGCUGGGUAGUUGAGUUUGUUAUUAGAUUGUCAGUCUUUGCCCUGUGCUAGAUUCAUCAAGUAGAUUUUGCUACCAAUGUUGCACAGUUGUGGUUGAACCUCUUGGACUUAAUUUUAUUUAAAUCAAACUUCUCACUAACUGGAAACUCAAAGUAAUUUCUUCUAAUUACAUUUCACAUUUACAUUUCCAAGUAUCAUAAUCUAUUUUACCUAAGUCUUGGCUGCGCAAGUUUACAGGGCUUUACUUGAUACUGUUUUACUUUUCUUGUUGACAUAAAAGUGUUCCUGGGCUCUGAUGUGUAAACUCUACCCAUAUUUAUUGCUUAAUCAUCUUCAUCAUCUGACUUUGCAUCACUGCCAGUUCAAAAUUGUUUUAAAUGUAAAUCCUUGGUUUACUUUUUGUUGUUUUCCAUCAGGUAAUACACCAGCAAAAGUUGUUAAGUAAGUGGUUUUGUUACUACCAUGUGCCUUAAUGUAAAUAUUUUCUUCAGUGAAAUACUUUAUUUGGAGUAGUCAGGUUUUACAAUUUAAUGCAGAUUUCUUUGUACUGACUCAUUGUGCACUUGCGAUGUAUGACAAAUGAGAGAGAGAAAAUAUGUGAAAAUUUUUGGCCUUGAUUUUUGUGGCAAAAACUCCAUUGGGGAUUAGAAAAUGAUAAUUUACUCAUCUAUUUACAUAGAGUCAUUGUGAUGUCAGAACUUUUCAAAAUUUGUUCUCCCCCCCACACUUUUCUUGCACUCUCAUGACAUGACCAACUUGAUAAUAAUGUUAAAUUGAUUUGUUGUAUUUUUGUUCUAGUUCAACAAUCCACACAAAUGCAGUAGAAAAUCAUGAGGCCAGUAAUGGUGAGGAGCCUGUACAAAAGUCGUCACAACCUAACACACCUCCUCCACCUGUGUCAGGAUAUGCUGUGGCUGCAGGCGCACAACAAAACCAUGUUGAAAGUGCACCUACAUCACCUGCAGUUUCAGUAGUACCAACAAGACCAGUGAAUCAUAUUUCAUCGGCAUCAACGACAGUACCAAGUAGUUUAUCAUGGACUAGUUCAGCGCCUGGAAAUGGCACUGAUCUCUCCACACAUACUAACCACUUUUCUGGUAAUUUCAACAGUACGUUAGAAUGCACAGGUGAAAGAGGUUUUGAUAUGCCUUUUUAAGGCACAUUUCUAUGUCUUGAUUAACUUCUCUGGUAUUAUCUUAAUGAUAGUCUGCUAAAAGGCCUUUUAGGUACAAGGAGAGAAAACUAAAGAGGAAGCUUGUCUUCUUCCAAUUCCCUUCCAUCAGCUCAGGCUGACCUCCCCUCUGCCCAUCUUGUUUAAUUGCUUUUUUUCCUUUCUUGACUUCAUUUUUCCUUCACUCUUUCAUGCAUAUAUGGAUUAUAUAUUUUUUUUUUUUUGUUAAUUAAUUUUUAUUUUAGAAUUUCAUAAUCUGAUUUAUUUCUUUUUUCUUUAAUUUCUUUCAUUUUGAAAUAUGUGGUUGGUUUUUUUCUUUGUCUGCUUAGAGAAAGAUAUCUUGACUUUUUAUGUACACAGGAGUCUUAAUCUUGAAACACUUGUAGCUUUGAAAGACAUAACACUGAAAUGUUUGGAUAGAAAACUGUAACAAGUAUCAUUAUUCUCAGAAUCAAUAGUUCUCUAAUUUGGCUUAUGCAGCUACUAUGUGUUCUUUGGAAUGAACUAAUUUUACUCCUUUAUGUCUUAGAGUCAGAAAGUGUUGCAUCGAGUGUGGCUGAUUUUGUGUCAUCAAUUGCAUCAUUGUCCAUUACCUCUCCCCCAACGAUAUCAACAGCAGUACCACCUUCACAAUCCAACUCCUUACCUCCAUCAUCACCUAGUCUUAAUUCUGUCCUGGGGAUGAAGCCAUCAACAUCUGCAACACAGGUCCCGGUACAACCAGUGUCCACAAGUAUGACCUCAUCUCUUCCUCCAACUUCAGUACCGGUUUCUGCUCAAGGGUCAGAUUUAAGUGGGUUUAACUUGUCAAUGACUGCACCCCUUUCAUCAAAUUCUGGCCCAGUCUUACCUAACUCUACAGUGUCAAUGGGAAGUGAACCCUUAGUAUCAUCUGCUAAUCCACCAGUAUCAAUUUUAAGUGGUUCUCAUCUCAUGUCAAACUCAGGACCAACUCAGGUACUGAAAGUUCACAACAUUUUACAUUCUCUUUAAUUUUGUUUUUUAACUUUACCAUGGCUGCUGAUAAACCAUAACACCUAUGGCACAAGCUAAAAUGUAGGGGCCAAUAAGUAUCAAAUUAUACAAUGAAAAUAGAUCAAUUAGAAAUGAGAAAAAUACUUGUGAUGCUUCACCACUGACUGAAACAACAUGAAUCCUAAGUGACAACACCAAUGCCAUCAGUAACUGACAGUAACAGUUGCUUACAUUCUCACCAGGUAACAGUGUGGAUGUGAUGUUAAAACUGUUACUGCAUUUGUUAAAUUGAAAGAGAAGAGCGCUUUUUAACAUGAUCGCUAUUUUCCUCUUCAAUUUGUAGCAGCCUUCAACAUCUAAUUCAUUCUCAUCAUUGAAGUCCAUGGCUGCUCAAGCAGUGGCGACAGCUGGAUUGAACAAUUCUAUCUCAACGCCAACGGACUACAGCACAGAAAGUAGAGGUGACUGUGAGAGGAUUGGGUUUGUUGUUGGCACUUGUUAUGGUAGUCUGUUCACAGAUCUUCUGUUUCUUUUUGAUCACUCUUUUUUAUCACAUGCAAAAUGAAAACCGUGGCAUAAUUACCAAAUGCCAAUUGUGUGCACUGUUAAAAGGGUUGCAGUUAGUCAUUCUGGUGAAUGCACUUGUAAAAGAAAUAAAAUAGUUUGUCUCGUGAUCUGUGGUCAGUUUUGAUGUGGAUUAUGAUGUUUUGACUGCAUAAUGAAGUCUUGCAGUAUUCACGAAGACAAAAAAAAAAAAAAUAGUGGCCAUCCAUAUUGAAAGUGACUACAUUGACAGGCAAAUGAUUUUGCUUCUGAUGCUUACCAUAUUCUCAUUUAUAAUGUUAUAUUACCAUUAUUUUUAUUAUUGUAUUUUUACUGUAUGUCAGGUCUGUUUGACUCAAGCAGUAGUCAAACAACAGAUAAGACCAAAGCAUUGCAAGAGACAAAUACUGCGCAUCUCCAGCCAUUACUGGGUGUGGCUCCAUUAGGUCCUGUGCCCCUAAACAAGGAGAGGUGUUAUCAGCUGGCUAUGUUGGAAACUGCAUAUCACCACCUACCUCUUCCAGCUGAUUCGGAGAAAGUCAGGUACAGUAUAUCUUUUACUGAACUUGUGUGCCAGUGCAAGAGGUUAAAUUGAAAACCACAGUCACUCUUUCAACUCAAAUUAACUGUACGUCUCCUUCCAAUCUGUAUGCAAGCUUGCAUUCAAAUUCAAUAUUUCACAUAUGGAGUUUCAUUUGACAUGUGAGGUGUUGAUAAAUUUUGUACUUGGUUUCAAUUGUAAUUUAAUUUAAAAGAGGAAAAUUUAUUAUGUAGAAGGGUAAAAUUCUACCACAACAUGUAUGCUGCUUUCAUUUAUAAAAUUAGGAAGGCAGCACUUAUCUGUUAAAUUUAAUCAAACUCUACAGUAAGGAUUCUUUCUGUAUCAAUCAGUGCAUCAUUUCAUUGAGAGAGUUACCCAUUUGCCUAACCCUUCCUUCUCUCCUCAUGGAAGAGUUAGAAGGCAAACUGACAAAUUAUUUGUGGCUACUUGUAAUGUUUUGUCACCCACCCAGGGGUAGGAGAAGGAUCAGUGAUACUACUAGUUCUUCUGUGUUACUGAUGUAGACCGUCUGUGUGUGAAAAUUAACCCUAUAAAUGAUAAUAUUUCAACUUAUCCUUGUACGUCACGUUGUUUUUUUUCUUCUGUAGGCAAAUUAUUUGAGAAUCAAUUUGAUUUUCUUCUGUCAACAGACCUUAUUUACAGCGCAGCCCUUACCCAACACCAGCGCAUCAUCAUCAACAUCCCCCACAACAUGUAGACUCGAUAGAAUUCUUCCAAAGAUUGUCCACGGAGACGCUCUUCUUUAUUUUUUACUACCAAGAGGUGAGCCUCUGAAUUUCAACAGCGUUACGCGUGUGUGGAUUAUUUUAUUAUUGUCACAUUCAGUUAAUACUCGAACGUGAGAGCUCGAAUAACAUUGAGGCUCCCGCGGUCGGAUUGGUAAUACUCUCUAAUACUCUCUUACAGUCCUUUAUACAUUCCUCUCUAAAUAAGUGGAGAUGAGCUUGUUGUAUCUUGAUCUUUUAUCUUCCAACGUCAGUAUAUCCCUUACUGUUCUCUGGUGUUUUGAUUAAAGCCGGUUACCGCUGGUUUAUCGCCGGCCUAUAAGUCCUCUCACCACCGUCUGUUUAGGCUGCCAGCUGGCUCCUUUGUUUGGGUUUGGCUUCUCGGCAUAGCUCCCAUUUACACCAUCGGCAGGUUCUCUAUACAUUUCCUGUGUGUGAAUUAAUGUGGUUAUCACACCACGCAGUUGACUGAGGGUUUAACAGUUUUUCGAUUCUGAAAAUUGCAAGAAAAUGUGGUGAGUCUGAUGAGAAUUUGUUGAUGGAAUUUUUAGGGAACGAGAGCACAGUAUUUAGCAGCAAAGGCUUUGAAGAAGCAGUCAUGGAGAUUUCACACCAAGUACAUGAUGUGGUUUCAGAGACACGAAGAACCUAAGGCAAUCACGGAUGAAUAUGAACAAGUAAGUAUAUGUGACCAGUAUAUAUCCUUUAAUCCAAAGAGAAAAACCAGCUUAGUUUCUGUUCCUUUCUGCCGGCCCACGGAUCGAAUAACCAAUCAACAGAAAGGCAUGGUCGGGCGUAGAGAGUGGCAAAAUCAUAACAGCAAAGGGAAUUAUAACAAGAAGCUAGCGAGCAUUCAAAAUAAGCCUGAAUAUUUGGCUUUAAGUGUGGGAAACUGUGAGAGAUUGGUUAUUUUUAGAAGUUUGCACCGGGGUUUUUAGAGCGGGAAAAAGAGCGGCAUAGAGCGGCAUCUUGGGAAUGACUACAAACAUUUGUCAAUUGUUUCAUGAGGUGACUCUAGGGUUUCCGUGCGUGGCAGCUUUAUUUUUCGUUCACAGGCGUGGACUCGCGCGUAUGGCAAAACUAACUUUUGCACUUGUUCUUUCAGGGCACCUACAUCUAUUUUGACUACGAAAAAUGGGGUCAAAGGAAAAAAGAAGGCUUUACUUUUGAGUAUAGAUACUUGGAAGACAAAGAACUCCCUUAGAAGUACUUAGGAACGGUUAAUAACCAGGCAUGGUCUAAAUCGCGGGACACUAACAAAGUUCACCCGAGAGCACGAGCAACAAAGGGUCCAUGAAGAGCACAAGGCACAUGGGCCUAGUGCUAGCAAACAACGUGGAAAUGAGAGAAAUCAAAACGUACAUUUUGUAUGAAGCGCUUGACUCGUGCAUUUUUUUUACCGGCUGUGUCUACGUUGGGUUAGUUUCAAGGGAUUAACGCAGCUGAUCUUGACAGCUUCGUACGACCUCGUCUGUUUUAUGAACACUGGCUUGUUUAUAAUUGUAAAUAUGAAUGCUAGCUCUAACAAUUCCGUUCAUUAAAAAAUUGAAGCAU